CAGAGAAAAAUGCAAGGAUUCCAUGCAUAUUCCCUCAACACACCCAAGAGAGAUCAGCAGCAAAUUAUCAUUGAUUUGAUGCCUUCGCAAUACACAAAGUCUUCCACUCCGCCACCCACGCCGCCACUAAACGAUGGCUCAAAUUCCAGCACGGACAAUCAAAAUGCUCCCGCAGAUCCGUCGGUGCGAAGGUACAGAACGGCAUUCACGAGGGAUCAACUCUCGAGAUUAGAGAAGGAAUUUUUUAAGGAAAACUACGUCUCACGACCAAGAAGAUGCGAAUUGGCGGCUCAACUCAAUUUACCCGAAUCCACAAUAAAGGUGUGGUUCCAGAAUCGACGGAUGAAGGACAAGCGGCAGAGGAUCGCCGUGGCCUGGCCGUACGCCGCCGUGUACUCAGAUCCCGCGUUCGCCGCCUCCAUCCUCCAGGCGGCCGCCAACUCCGUGGGCCUGCCGUACGGCUACCCGCCAGGACACCACCUGCUGCCGCAGCUGCCCGUCAUCUCGCCGCAGCUCUCCUCCAACCACUUCUCCUACGGCUACCGCUACGCCCCGUACCCCAUUCCGCAGCGCUCCGGGCCGCCCAUGCCGCCCUACCCGGGCUCCAUGCUGCCCAGCCACCAGGACUACACGCCGCCCAUGACACACCCGCCGCACACGCCGCCGCCGCACGACAUGCAGAGCCCCGCGUCGCCACACUCCGACGGCGUCUCCCUCAGCCCCGACAUGAGCAAGCUGGAGCCGCUCAAGUGCAUAGCCGAGCAGCCGCCGACGGACCUGGGCGGCUGCCAGACCAGCCUGCCGAAGCUACCUGAGAAACCAAAGCUAUUUAAGCCCUACAAGUCAGAGAUGUAAAUACAGUUCCCAAGUGUUUAGCCGAUAUUGGAAGUAUUUGAGUGUAGUCUGUAUGUGCUAAUUGUAAAGAUAAAAAAAAGAAAAAUAGGUGAUCCAAAUUAGGGUACGAGCGAGAUUGAGGAGGCAAUUUUACCAUUUUAGUGUAAAAUACUGGAAUAAA